GUAUAUAGAGCCCUGUUUAAAGCCUUGGUGUAAACAUCGACGUGUAUCAUGUCCCGUCAAUACAAGGAAAGCAGACGAAAACUCCUGUGUAUUGGGGUAGUCGUGGGAAUCAUUCUUCUCGUCUUCCUCAUCGUCAUCAUCGUCCUUGCCACGAGGGAUCCCGACUGUACAGGGAGCAAUAAGAAAGGUCCAAGUGAUAAUACAAUGCCCAUCACAGUAGAAGAUUCCUAUGGAGAGAUUGAUGGACAGCAAGUCAAAAGGUAUACUCUGUCCAACAAUCACAAUGUGAAAGUCCGGAUCAUCGACUAUGGUGGUAUUAUCACCGAGGUGUUGGUGCCGGACCACCAGGGGGAGCUGGGGGAUAUCGUGCUCGGCUUCGAUGACAUGGAAGGUUAUAAAACAAAUGGUCCCUACCUUGGGGCUCUGAUAGGUCGCUAUGCCAACCGGAUAGCCAAUGGGACAUUUAGUAUAGAUGGCACCACUUAUACCCUCGCCAUCAACAAUGUACCUAAUGCCCUUCAUGGAGGACUCAAGGGUUUUGACAAGCGUAUGUGGACGUCCAGCAUAUCGGACGGAAAGUUGGUCCUGACCUAUGUGAGUGCAGAUAUGGAAGAAGGCUACCCAGGGGAGGUAACUGCCACAGUCACCUAUCAACUCACGGAUUCCAACGAACUGAUCAUUGACUAUAAUGCUACCACAACCAAGUCUACCGUCAUCAACCUUACAAACCACGCCUACUUCAACCUUAAAGGGGAGGGUUCAGGUGAUGUGUUGGAGCAUGUUGCUCAGGUAAACGCUGACACGUAUCUACCUGUGGACGACACCUCCAUUCCAACAGGUGUGAUAACUCAAGUACAAGGGACAGUGAUGGAUUUGAGGACAAAACAGAGACUUUCCAAUGUCAUCAACCAGGUCCCAGGGGACCAUGGAUACGACCACAACUACUGCUUUGGCAAGACUGGCUGGGUGAAAAAUAUGGCAAGAGUUGAAGACCCGUCCAGUGGACGAUAUGUUGAGGUCCACAGUACGGAGCCUGGCAUGCAGUUCUACACUGCCUAUUGGAACAAUGUCACUGGCAAGGGAGGUAAACACUACGGUCGAUACAGUGGGUUCUGUCUGGAGACACAACAUUACCCUGACAGCCCCAACAAGCCGGACUUCCCAACAGUUGUGCUGGCCCCUGGAGAGACAUACAGACAGACAACAACAUACAAGUUUGGCACGACCAGUUAACAUAACUAUAAACAUCUAACUAAUUCAAACUCAGAACAACACUUAAUAUUUUUACCAAGGAGCUGGACUCUUUUCUAAGUACAAGUGGAAAAAAGUUCUAAAGCCAUGAUGAACAGAGGCCAGCUUGGAAUAUUUCGGCCAUUUUAUUUUAAUUUCAAGUAUUGACCUUCAAGAAAUAGCAAGAAAGUUUUUAAAUUGGUAUAACGCCAUGUACAAGGUAUAAAACCAGUUGAUGGAGUAGCUAGACCAAGAAAGCAUGAUAGAUGGUUUAUACCAAAGUCUUGUUCCAUCCUCUUAUAUCCUGUUACAGAGAUAAUCAAAGUCUUGUUCCAUCCUUUUCCAUCCUGUUACAAUCUCUGGAAAACUUUUUUUUUAUACUGGAUUGUGAUAAAGCUUGACCAAAAACAAAUUUGUAUCUUAGGUUUUGGAACGAACCAUUUUUUUUUUUUUUACAUACAUAUAUUAACAAGUGUAGGAAAGUCUUGGAUGACACAUACUGGUAUAUAGGUAUUCGUACCACAGGUAAAGGUUAUAUACUGUUACUAUUUAUAGAAUUGUAAAACAAUGAUACCUAAUGAAUAGUUGUAGUGAAAUACUUUACAUUUUCUUGUUUACAUGUUUAUUGAUAAUUAAAAAUAAGUGUUUGAGUGUGUGAUUGUAGAACACGUGUGUGAUUUGGUUGUUUUCCAUGCAUAAUACAUAUUUGUGUACCGUGUUAUAUUGAUAUUCUAAUCACUGUUACAAUGAUUAAGAUGGGUUCCUGCGUAUCGUCAAUUUUAUCUACCAUGACAGCAAAUUAUAUUUUUAAUGAUUAAAUGAAGUUGUAUGUAGGUUACUCAUUAAUCAGCCUGGCAUUUAUAAUUUUUGUUGCCCUAUUUAAGGGAAUCGUCACGUUUACCAUCAUGUUGUCUCCAUUAGUACAGUAUACAAAAAAAAUGUCAACAUGAUCCUUUGGAUCCAGUCAGCUUUCAAUGUUGAGAAGACAUACCCCGUGUAUCUUUUGUGAGUAGGAAUUAAAUCCAAGACAGUCUUUUCAUUUUAUUAGGCCAAAAUAAAAAUAUAUUUGGUUUGGUGCAACCCGCCCGACCCAGAAAAAAUGCACAGACACAAAAAAAUUCAUUGUGAAAAAUAAAACAUUUUUUUUUAAUGAUUUGACCGUUCCGGAUAUUUAAGUCCCUAAGUUGCUGUACAGGUUUGAAACUACAUCUCUCAAACCCAAAUAAGGUUGAAAUUUGUUUUCAGAACUGAAUUAAAAAAAAAAUCUGCCUUACCUACCUACCCAUAUAUGUAAGACCCCCCCUGGUCGGGUUACAGCGAACCAAGAUAUUUUUAAGGGUGGCUUUACUUAUACUGCGAGUUACUUUACAAAAUUGGUAUUAACGCAAAGCUCAUAACUUAAGCAAUCCAGGAAAUAUAGAAGUUACUAAAUAUUUUCACAGGGAACAGAAUUGAGCGACAGUAUGCCGGAACCCAUCUGUCAGAGCAAAAUUGUAUACAUUGUGUUACUUUAUGUUCACACAAUCUAAAUCAUCGUGUUUUCAAAACUUGUAAACAAGAGCUUAUUACAACUUUUUUCUGUUGUGGUUUUUAUUUAGUAAUAGAUGGUUUUGUUGGUUAGCUAUAUAAGUCCUUCUCCUCUUGUGUGUCCCUACCACAAACUAUUUGAAGGGAUCAAGUACAAGUGUUGACCUUUGUCCAGCUGUUUGUCAAAAAUAUUGUUAAGUGUUUUCGACGUGUGAUAGGACACUUUUACUUUUGGGGUCGAUUAACAGUGUUGUGCAGCUAAAAUAGAAAAUUAAGAAACACGAUUCUUGGUGAGCUGGGAUAUAAUUUUUGGACUAAACGUUUUUGUCCACUGAGCUUUAUGUUCAGUUUUGAAGAUUGUUCCAUACAAACACUCAUUUAUAGUUGAUAGGAUGCUAAUUCUUCCACAGGUAAAUAUUGAUGCUUUGCAGAAAAAUUGGAAAAUUAAUUAUUUUUUUGACAUGUUUAUGAUUUUGAUUAAAUUUUUGUUUAACUUGACUCUCCCCAAUAUAUGAUAAGGGACAUGUACACAUGUUAUACAUAUUUCUAGCUAGAAUAUACAAGAUUUUUUGUUGAUAUACAAGAUUUUGUUGUGGUAUGGGCUGUGUUUGUCACCAAUGUUUAAUUUAAUCCUAUCUACAGGAUGGUAUACAAUUAUAUUUGACAAACUAAAAAUAAAAUAUUUUAUUAUUAG